AGAAACUUUUGGACAAGUGGAAAGAAGUCUUUGUCUCGUUCUCUUGGUGCUAAUGUGCAAAGUUUUGUGUUUUCAUCGGAAAAUUAUUUAAAAAGUGUGUGAAAAUAGACGACGACGUUGAGUGGGAGUGACGACAACUGCGGCGAGUUGUGGCAACUAGACCCUGGAGACCGAGCCAGAGGCAAACCAGUGUGAGAACGAGCCAAAAAGCUAAAAACAAUGCCUUUUGUAACGCCCAGAAGUGGCACCAACAACAAUGCCUCCUCCAACAGUGGACGCACCACAUUUCGUCCACCCUGGGUGAAGGAUGAUGGCGGCUCCUCGACUGCAGCAGCCAGUGCAUCCACAAAGCCGGCAUGGGCCAAAAAGUCAACCAAAGAGAACGGUGAGAAGGAAAAGGCCGAUACACCAGCAACGAAGGCCAAAGCUAGUCCAGCUACAACCGCAACGGCGGCAACUAAAAAGGCGACUUCUAGCCCUGCUGAGCCUUCCAAGAAACCGGCCGCUACUGCUGCUGCUGAGCCUGCUGUUAAGAAACCAGCAACAAAAACCACAACAACUGCCGCUGCCAAGAAAAAUGCUGAGCCAGUGACUAAAAAAUUGCCAGAGACCGUUAAGAAAGCGGCACCCAGUGUGGUAGCCAAGAAGCCAGCAGUCACUUCCACCAUCAAGAAGAAGAAAGAGCCCACACCACCACCAGAAUCAUCAUCUGAGGAAGAAGAGAGCGAAGAGGAGGAGGAAACUGAAACUGAAGAAGAAACUGAAGAGGAGGAGACAGAAGAAGAAACUGAGGAGGAAUCAGAGGAGGAGGAGGAGGAGGAUGAUGAUGACGAUGACACCACCGUGGAAGCCAAGGUGCCGGAGCAUGUCAAGAAGGCCGCCCAAUUGCGUCCCACGCAGAUCAACAAAAAACCGGAACCAACGGAAAGUGAGUUAACACAACGUUUCACUCUAGAAAAACCAAAAUUGCGAUCCGUCGUGGUCAAACGUGACAAAUCAAUGAAAAAAGUUGCCCCCGAAGACGAUGAGGAUGCCGAGGAGGGUGAAACGGAAGAGGAACGCGAACGUCGUUUGCGUUUUAAACUGGAGAAACCGAAAUUGAAGCAUGUGAAACGCGAAGAGAAACCAUUGCCCAGCAAGAGCACCGACAAUUUGGCCAAAAUUCGUCCAGUUCUCAAAAAGGUACCCCGUGUCGACGAGAUCCUCAAAGAACCCAAAGAGGAACCAAAGCCCGAAUUCAAGACCAAGACCCUUAGGAAAGCGCCCUCCAUAAAACGCGAAAUGAGCAUUAAAAAUGUUCCCGCCCCGCCGCCGUUGCCAUCGUUGGUGCCCAAGGCUCCACCACCGCCUCCCCCGCCAUUGGCACCCGGCGAAAAGCGUGUCCUAUCCGACUCGCAGAAGCAAACACUCGAGAAGCUGAAAACACGACCCCGCCGACGUCCAGACUGGUCUGAAAUGAUGAAAGAGGUGGAGAGCGGCAAAAAGCUGCGACAUGUGGCAUGCAACGACAGAUCUCAGCCCAUAUUGACAUGCAAAUCAAUGACGAAAGUGGACGACAAGUUCAUCUAUGAAACGGAGAAGGACAAUUCGCAUAAUAAACUGCUUAAGCAGAUUCAGGGUGGUAUUAAACUGCGUCCCACCCGGACUAAUGAUCGCAGUAAGCCCAUCUUGGAUGGCCUGCGAAAAUUCCGCCGACAAAUGACUAUCGAGGAGCAACUGCAAAAGUCGCAAUCAAAGGUCAAUAUGCUUAGCGAGGCGCCCAGCAGUCAUGCUCUGGGUCCAACCAAUGCCAGUGCCCUGGGAGCGGGCAGUUCAAGACCCAGCAUUGUAUCCACCAUAUCCAUUGAUGAGGAAAGUCCCGAUGAGUUGGAUGACAUUGACAAGAUUCGUGAUGAUCUGCAGAGUACGAAACAAAUGCUGGCCCUCGAGCUGCGCAAUCGGGAGGCUCAGGAACGCGAGAAUAAGAAACUCUUGGCCAAAAUACGAACCUUGGAAACCGAACUGGAGCGAGAAAAGUCACGUGAAAAGAAUCUCGAAUAUGGCUCAAAUGUUAUUGUGGCCACCAUGGAUCCCACACCAACAACUGAGCAGGCUUACGUCAAUUCGCUCAAGCGUGAGGUGGAGGACGCUCGCAAGGUGUCCAAAGAGGUGGAACAGAACUACCAAAGCACCGGCGAGCUGCUUGUGGAGGCAAAAACGGAAAUUGAGGAACAAAAACGACAAAUACAAUUGCUUGAGCGCAAAUUGGCAGCGGCAUUGCAGGGUCAUACGACACCAAGCACUAACCGUCCGCAUAUUAGUUAUUGCUUUGCUUACGACGACGACAACGACGACGAGGACGACUACUACAGCAACGAGGCAAGGACCAAUCAUGGUCUGCACAAGGGUGGCGGAACAUGGGAUGGCUCUCGGCGAACUAGUGAUGCCAAUUUCGGACGCGAUAGUUCACCCGAGCUGGAUAUCGAACUCAGCGAAAGUGAUCCAGACGAGCCGGAAGAGAAGAAAACAGAGAGACGGGAACGUCGUAUGGGCAAAGAAGUCAAAGUGCUACGCAGCAAACUGACCAAAUUGAAAGUAAAGGAGGAGGCGGCCAAGAAGGAGAAGGAGGUAUUGAAGCAGGCCAUGAAAAAGAAUCAUGUCAUACUCAAGGAAGAGAACAAAAAGUUCAAGAAGCUGGAGAAGGAGGUACAGAAAAUGGCCGCCUCAAUGAAGCUGGAAGAAGACGAAGUCGAUGCCGAAGAGAAGGAUGAAGAGGAUGAGGAGGAACCCGAAGAUGAGCACGUCAGCGAAGAGGAGUCCGAAGAAGAGUCUGAGGAAUCGGAAUCUGAAGAAAGUGAAGCGGAAUCAGGCAGCGAAUCUGAGACAGAAGAUGCGGCAAACUCAGCCAAAAAGGCCAAUCUGGAACCACGAGUGAAGACGCACGAAGGUCGCUUUGCUGCUAUGAAGAAAUGCAAUGUCCUGCUCCAGGCAAAUGUGGACAACUUGCAGGAUCAAAUUGUCCAAGUGCGCGCGAAGGCCACAAAUCUGCAGGACGAGCUGGAUGCGGUGAUUGCCGAUUUGGGUUUCUAGGUAUAGAGCAGUACAAGGACGAAUAAACGACGACGACGAGAACCGGGAGUAGCACAAACACAGACAAAGUAUCGUAUCCAAGGAGUACAAUGUGUUUAUUUAUUUAACUAUUUCUGUUUACGUACUGUUUGUUUUUGCGUGUAAACAAAUAAAAUAACAUUUCAUAAAAAACAUA